AUGUCGAAGGCAACCCUCCGGGAGAAUAUCUACACGCUCCCUAACCUGCUAACAGCCUCCCGGCUCGUUGCCGCGCCCUUCAUCGGGUACUGCAUUCUCCAUGACUACCACGCCAUGGCAUUUGGCCUGUUCGCCUACGCGGGCAUCACCGACCUACUAGACGGCUGGAUUGCCCGUCGCUGGAACCUCAAGACCAUCGUGGGCACGGUAAUCGACCCCAUGGCCGACAAGACGCUCAUGACCGUGUUGACCGUGGCCCUGGCCAUAAAAGGGGCGCUUCCAGUCUGGCUCGCCGUGAUCAUCCUUGGGCGAGACGUGGCCCUGGCAAUCUCGGCUAUCUACUACCGCUGGAUCUCGCUGCCGCCGCCCAAGACGUUUGCGCGGUACUGGGACUUCUCGCUGCCCUCGGCGGAGGUGCGGCCGACCCUGAUCAGCAAGUACAACACGGCGCUGCAGCUGGGGCUCAUGGGCCUGACCACUGUCGCGCCGGUGAUGCCGGCGGUGGACUUGAGCACCACACUGGGCAUCAUGCAGUACGUCGUGGCGACGACAACGAUCUGGAGCGGCGCAAGCUACGUCUACAGCAAGGACGCGGUCAAGAUCCUGACCCAGCCGCAGGCUGACGAAAAGAAGGAGGCCGGCGGCGAGAAGGACUCUAGGUGA